ACCAAGUAUUAUUAUAAGAGAAACAAAAAAAUAGUGUAGUGUGUGACAGUGUGUCUGUGUUUGUUGAGGGCGAGAGUGAGAAAAAGCAGGGUUUUGUGUUUUUGGGUUCAAACUUCAAAGUUUCAAACAUGGCUUCAAGGUUGAUGUGGGCAUCAAGGGCUGCCUCUUACCUCAGGAUCUCUGUGUUCCACAGAGGCUUUGCUUCUGUUGUGAAGGAUCUUAAGUAUCUUGACUCUCAUGAGUGGGUGAAAGUUGAGGGGAAAUCUGCUACUGUUGGUAUAACUGACCAUGCUCAGGAUCAUUUAGGUGAUGUUGUCUAUGUUGAAUUACCGGAAGUGGGGGCUCCUGUAUCACAUGGCAGCAGCUUUGGUGCAGUUGAAAGUGUUAAGGCUACUAGUGAUAUUAACUCUCCUGUUUCAGGGAAAGUAGUUGAAGUAAACGAAGAGCUCAAUAACUCCCCUGGUCUGAUUAACUCAAGCCCAUAUGACAAAGGAUGGAUAAUUAAGGUUGAGGUGAGCAACAAUGGUGAAUUGAACAGCUUGAUGGAUGCAGAUAAGUACACCAAGUUCUGUGAAGAAGAAGAUGGAAGUCACUGAGUGACUUGCCGCAAUGAACUUUGGGUACUUUUGGGGUUGUCCAUGGAUAAUCACGAUAAAUUACACAAUCCUCAAAGUGCUUGGUGCACAUAUCUCUCUUUCUAUUUUUAUCCAAACAUGUGCUUUCACGGUUCUUCUUUUGUGGCCUAAGAGCUAUAAAUUUAGUGGAUAUCUUAAGCGAAUAAUCAUUCUGGGUUUUAGUUUCAUCUGUUGGUGCUGCUUAGGCAGGUUUGUGGUUUGAGAACCAUUUUCAUAAUAUUCGUUUGAGUUGAAUACUUAUUCAACAUAUGGGAUCUCAUUUUCUUGAUGCAUGGAGAACGCUUUCAUAUUCACUUUCUCUAGUCAGUUACAUGGAAGUUCAGAGGGUGGAUGUCAAGGGAUGCUAAAGAAAUUUAUAUUCUUUGGAAUUAAAUCAUUAUGGCUAAAUAUUAUCGUUCACU